AUGUCUUCAGCCGCUUUGCAGACCGUACCUCAUCAACCAACGUCGAUAGGAUCGCAAUCACCAGUUGCGGCACCAUCAUCUUCGGGGAGACCUUACACCUCGGGAUCACAACAAUCUCGAGACCCUUACUACAAUCAAAACGCUACGAACGCGUCUCCAUCAUCUGCACGAAAACCAUCUCGAAGACCGAGCGGCAAUGGCGCAUCUACAAAUACACCUCCUCAAACCCACCAUACUUCACCUUCAAUAACAACAAACUCAGCACCGAUAAGUUCUCGCACAACUAAUCCUUCGAAUCACACAUCCCCAAUGAUUACAGCAGCCGCUUCAGGCUUUGCUCCAAUGGCUCCGGGCGAUCAUCAGCGAGGUGUUCCCCCAAUUGUCUCGGAAAGAACAUCUUCGAACAGACCGAACCCAGCAAUGGCUGCAGCGGUUUCGGCAGCAAACCAUAGCUCGAGUUCUAGGAGAGGUGAAUACACGAACGAGCAGCGGGCGAGAGAUUCACCACGUCGGGCACAGUCACAAGAUGAGCAACAUAAUGAAAGGAGAAAUAUACAAACCAAUGGAACCGGCGGCGAGGAUGCAGCAGCUUCCACCAAUGCAGCAACCCGGGCCAGACGUAGAGCUCAGCAAUCACCUGAAGCUUUACCACACAGGCCGGGUGGAAGUCGAGAACAGAGAGCUGGUCAAUCCUCCUCUUCUGCACAAAGCAGAUCACAUCCAGUGGGUACUAAUUCGCCUGCCGGACUGUCCCAUGAGGCCAGCGAGGUAUUAAAUCGUGUGAUGGUCAGCGACCCCAAGGUGGAUUUGGAGCGAGAGAGAGAGAGAAUGGCUGAGGCUGUACCUUCUUCCUCUGCGGCUCCUCCGGUGGUUGAUGAGGCUCCUCGGCAGCAAAGAUCUCGCCAUGAUCACACCGCCAACUCCGGAAAACGAGAAAAGAACAGCAAAUUUGGAGAAUAUUAUCUGGGCAACACACUUGGAGAGGGAGAGUUUGGUAAGGUGAAAAUGGGCUGGAAGCAAGAAGGUGGUGUCCAAGUCGCCAUCAAGCUCAUUCGCCGGGAUAGUGUAGGAACGAAUCCUACGAGGCUUGCAAAGAUAUAUAGAGAAAUCGCUAUUCUUCGAGAGAUAUCCCACCCCAAUAUUGUUCGUUUACAUGAAAUGGUCGAGACGGAAAGGCAAAUUGGAAUCAUUCUGGAGUAUGCUUCAGGGGGGGAGCUCUUUGAUUAUAUUCUCAACCACCGAUACCUCAAAGAUAAUGCUGCUCGCCGCCUGUUCGCCCAAUUGGUUUCCGGCGUUGGAUAUUUACAUAAAAAGGGGAUUGUCCACCGAGAUCUGAAGCUUGAGAACCUUCUGCUGGACCGCAACCGCAACAUCAUCAUUACAGAUUUUGGUUUUGCAAAUACCUUUAACCCAGACGAUGAACUUGGAGAUGAAAUUGAGUACAACUUAUCUAGUCGUGACUAUGUCAAGCGGAUGGAAUUGGAUAAGAUUUUGCCUGGCGGUUCGCGGAGAGGAGACUUGAUGCAGACAAGCUGUGGAAGUCCGUGUUAUGCAGCUCCAGAAUUGGUCGUGAGUGAUUCGCUGUACACCGGCCGCAAGGUUGAUGUAUGGAGCUGUGGAGUAAUUUUGUAUGCGAUGCUUGCAGGCUAUUUACCCUUCGACGAUGAUCCAGCCAAUCCCGAGGGCGACAACAUCAAUCUCCUAUACAAGUAUAUUGUUUCGACACCUCUUACAUUCCCAGAGUAUGUCACACCACAUGCUCGAGACCUUCUCCGCCGUAUUCUUGUCCCAGACCCACGCAAACGUGCAGACCUUUUCGAAGUUGCUCGACAUAGUUGGCUGAGUGAAUACGCGCAUGUUGUUGGCUUUAUCACUAGCAGCACGACAACUACUGUGGAAAUUGCCAAUACUACCGUUCCUUCCGACGAAACUCAAGAGACCCCACUCCUCGCUAGGAGUGCUUCGGUGCGAGAACCUAAAUCACAAAAGGCCCCCGCGGCUGUUGGCGAUCUUAGUAGAAAACAUGGGAAUGUGGACCAGGAUGCAGAGGAGGCACCUGCCAAAACCUCGAAAGACAAUAAGAGAAGAACCGUGCAGGUCGAAUAUGUGGCUCCAAGAUCACAGACACAGAGAGGCGAGCCUUCUACUAACUCGUCUAGUGCUCAAUCGGGUUCUAGGACGCGCGCUCGUGCUGGUAGUCAAGGUCCGGUUGAGAUCUCUGGAGCUCCUCAGGGCUCGAGAAGAAACGUACCUGCGGGAGAGAAGCCAUUAUCCCAGGAUCCUUCAAUGACAAGAGAAGCACAAUAUGCAACCUCAGGAAGAAGACCAGGAAGCUCACAGCGACAGCAAGGUAUGCCUCCACCUUCCCGAACUACUCGAGAGUACCGCGCAGCUUCAGAAAUUAAUCAUAUGGUCCCAGUAACUGGUCAACCGUCAAUUGCAAGGCCAAAUACCGGUGGUUCUAUGACUUCUAAUAGGUCUGGAUCUAUGGGCUUCCCUACACGGGGCUCGUAUAGCCAACCUGUGGCACCAACCGUCGCUGGAACUAAUGCUCAUGGUCGUAUGUCUCAGCCUCAGCCAAAGAGCUCGAAGAGCUACACCAUAUCCCCUCCUAUGAUGCAAGGCGAACAGACCUUCGAAUACCCCACACCCGCAACCUCCCAACCUGUUGCCCCAAAAUUCGCUAGGGUCGCAGGACUCCAAGGGGGGACUGCAAAUAUACCAUCUGAUAGUAGUAAAACUCACAAAAGAUCGAACACAAUUGGUGGCAUAUUUAGCAGAACAAAUUCACUGUUCGGAGGUAAGUCACACUCAGAUAAGUCUUCGGAGAAACCGAAGAAGUCAUACCCACCAGUCAGCAUGUCGAAUGCCAACGUUACAAAUGCCGAUGAUUCAAGACAAUCGAUGGACUCCAGACGCUCUAUAUCCUUUGGGUUUGGCAAGAAGAGAAGUGGAAGUAUAACUGGGCGAUCACAAACAGGCUCUCAGGAAAAGACUUCAAGAAGAUUUUCUCUUCUCCCGGCAUCAUUCUCCCUCAGAUCUAUUGGCAUUGGGAAAGAUUCUAGUACACCACCUGCUAGUACUCCAACCGAUGCUAACCAUGAGCCAUACCCUGAAUUCCAAGGUAAUCAUCUUGAUGCGCCGCAGGACAACAGGGACGCAAGGAAUAUUAGCGGAAGUACUGCAGACUAUCAGCAUGCGGAUGGAUCGUAUGAACGGAGCCGCGCUAGUCCUGCACAACAAGAGAGACAACGUUUUGCUCCACCACAGCAACAAACCCAAGAUCCUAGGUCGGCUGUUCCACCACAGUUCUUGCCACCCACAAAUUUCCGCCCAGAUGAAUCGGCAUUAACGACUGACUCUGAAUCUUCCUUCGGUCAAAGUCGCCGUGGGCCAUAUCAAAAUGAGAAUAAUAACUCAUACGAAGACUCGCGUAGACCAGUAGGACGCAAUAAUGGUAGAGGCGUACUGCAGAAGAAUAACCGGAAGUUUGCCGAUGCUUAUGAGCAAGAGCAUGCACACAAUGACCAUGGUGGUAGUAGUGGUGCCGCUAGAAAGGUGAUGGACUUCUUCCGAAGACGUGGAAAGGCUCGUGGAGAGUGA